CAGAAAUGGGUUCCACAAAGUUUGUUUCUUUUUAAUUUUAUUUUAUUUAUACAGUCUUAGGGUUUGGUAGAGGAGAAAAAUUAAAGGAAACUCAUUUUUCCCUUUCCAAGAAUUUGUGAAGUGUUUUUUUUUUUUUGCCAUGGGUUCAAACUCAUUGAAGAACCCUCUUCUGUUCAGUGAUGAAGUUGAGCCUGGUUAUGUCAAAAACUCAUCUUUUCUGAAAUCAUCAGUGAAAUGGGGUUUAAAGAUUGUAAUGUGGGUGAUUUUCAUUGCAUGGGUUGGUGUUAUUUUUCUAUAUCCUGGAGAAAUUGGUAGUCAGUUGGUUGAGAAAAUUAUUAAUGCCACCAACGGAUCUGUUUUCGGCACUUCAGGAAGUUUGUUCUUGGUAUUCAGUGCUCCAAUUCUUCUCAUUGCAAUCCUUGCGGUAGCUCAUCUGAUCAUCUCUGGUGAACAUGUUUUUGAGAAGUAUGCCAUUUUCCACCAGAACUUGUCUUGUAUGAGUAAGUCCUCAAAGAAACCAGGGUUUCGUUUGUGGACAUUCCCUGUUCUUGUGGAUGGACCAUUUGGGGUUGUGUCUGCAGCUGAGUUCAUUGGGAUAACCCUCUUUGUUGUGUUCAUCAUAUGGGCGAUGUAUGCUUACACCUUGCGGAAUAUUAGCCUCUUGACCCUUUUUGACCUUUCUUCUUCAGAAACAGGUCGACUCAUGUUGGAACUUACGGGACUUCGAUGUGGGAUGUUGGGGUUGCUCUGCUUGAUAUUUUUGUUCCUCCCAGUUUCAAGGGGUUCACUUCUUCUUCGUCUUAUAGACAUCCCUUUUGAGCAUGCUACAAGAUAUCAUGUAUGGUUGGGACAUCUUACCAUGAUGCUCUUUACACUACAUGGAUUGUUCUAUGUAAUUGGAUGGGCAAUGAAUGGAACUCUUGUAAAGGAAUUAUUGGAGUGGAAACGGGUUGGUAUUGCUAAUUUACCAGGAGUUAUCAGCCUCAUAGCUGGUUUGUUUAUGUGGGUUACAUCGCUUCAUCCAGUGAGGAAAGACUACUUCGAGUUGUUCUUCUAUACCCAUCAACUAUAUGUAGUCUUCAUUGUCUUUUUGGCGCUGCAUGUCGGUGAUUUUGUUUUUAGCAUAGUUGCCGGCGCAAUAUUUAUUUUCAUGCUCGACCGCUUCCUGCGUUUCUGCCAAUCACGAACGAAAGUGGACGUGCUUUCAGCCAAGUGCCUUCCCUGUGGGACAGUUGAAUUGGUCCUCUCGAAACCUCGAAGUUUGCAGUACAAUGCGCUCAGUUUUAUUUUUCUUCAAGUUCGAGAAUUAUCGUGGUUGCAAUGGCAUCCUUUCAGUGUUUCGUCCAGUCCUCUAGACGGUAAACAUCAUCUAGCUAUUCUCAUAAAGGUCCUUGGGGGAUGGACAGCGAGGCUGAGGGACAGUAUCUUGAGCAUGUCUGAGCCUGAACUAUCAAAAACCACGAUCACAGCUUCCGUUGAGGGACCUUACGGGCAUGAAACGCCAUACCACUUGAUGUAUGAGAACCUGAUUUUAGUUGCAGGUGGUAUUGGGAUUUCGCCAUUCUUAGCGAUCUUAAGUGAUAUCCUCCACCGCAUUAACGAUGGAAAACCAUGUCUACCAAGAAAGAUUUUGGUUGUUUGGGCCGUUAAAAAGUCGGAUGAACUUCCGCUUCUUUCAAGUAUCGACAUGAAAUCAAUUUGCCCAUUUUUCUCCAACAAAAUAAAUCUCGAGAUUGAUAUUUAUGUCACUCGAGAAUCCGGGCCUUCAAUGGAAGAAGGUAAGGUUCAUGUGGCAUCGAGCUCUUCCUGCCCUUUCUCGGGCCGCAGCAUGUCGCCGUUGGUUGGCACCGGAAACGACGUAUGGUCUGGCCUAUAUGUUAUUAUAUCAACAGUCGGAUUUAUCAUUUUAAUGGCCCUGUUAAGGAUUUUCUACAUUAAGCCAUACAAUGUAUCUACCUGGUGGUACCUAGGCCUUCUUUUCAUUGCAUGCAUGGUCACGAGUGUUGUUAUCUUCGGUGGUCUCGUGAUCGGUUUAUGGCAUCUCUGGGAUAAAAAAGCUUCUGCAAAUGACAAAGAUGAAGAUAUCGACAGGAUAAAGGUUGAAUCUACUCCGAGUUAUGGAACUGUUGAAGACAAAGAUUUGACUCAAAACAAUCCUGAAAGUUCAACCAUCAUUCAAUAUGGUACCAGACCAGACUUCAAAGAAAUAUUUGCAUCCACAAGCAGGAAAUGGGGGAAUGUUGAUGUAGGUGUGCUAGUUUGUGGUCCACCAACUCUUCAAUCAAGUGUUGCUAAAGAAAUCAGGUCACACAACAUAAGGAGACAAAAACAUGACACCAUUUUCCAUUUCAACAGUCAUAGCUUUGAUCUAUAAAAAUUCCUAUUAGUCCCUCUUAAUUCUUAGCACUACUUGCAUAAUGAUAUGUAUAUCAUGUAUGUAUAUAUAUGUAUAUAUAUGUAUGUAUGGAGAGAUGAAGAUGCUAUAUGUAUGUAAUAUAUAGGUGGAGAAAAGGAAUCUGCAAAUCCAUGACUCAGAUGGUUCUGUUUUUUAUGGGAAUCAAUAUAUUAUUUUUAUAAUUUUAAUUUUA